AAGACAUUUUUUGUUUUGUUUUGUUUUGAUUUUUGUUUUUUUCGGAACUUGUGAUUCUGUUUCUUUCUACCGAAGUGAUUUUGCAGAAUCGUUAUUCUGGAUAGAACUUGUUAUCUGAUUUGUGAUUUAUUUGUAUGUCACGUUGAAUUGGUAAGUUUAGGAGACGGUAAAUUUCUGAAUGGAAAUUCUGGAAAGUUGUAUUCUGUAUGCUUGUUUCGAAUUCGAAACUCUUUGCCUACGACUACCUCUACUUACUAUUUAUGAAACUGAAAUUGGGUUAAUUUUUGUUCUUCGUUGGAUAUUGAUAUUGGAUUAGUAGCGACUUUUCUCAAACUCUCUCGAUUCAAAUGUUCGUCACACCAUUUUAAUGAAAGGAAAACUAAUUUUUGGAAUUCACCAUCAAAGGCAGAGAAUUUGAGCCGUCUGGUUUACUGCUGCAAGCCUCUAUUGUAUAAUUCUCGUGAUUUCUUCUUGAAUUUAAAUUCCGUUGGUGAUGUAUAAUCUUUGAUUUGGAUUUUGAGCUUGAAGAAGACUACUGCGAAGUAUCUUCCUUUUUUCUGAUCUGGAAUAAUCUAUUGCGGGCUUUGUUUGUUCCUCGUCUUAGGAUGGAGCCUAAACAGCUUGACCCAAAGCACUCUGGAGAGUUACUGAAGCAUUUGGACAAGCAGAACGAGUUCCUUAUGGAAUCCUAUAGAUUAAUGUUUCACGACCUGCAAAAACUUCAGGUGGAAGAAGAAAUGCUUAUGCGCAAGCUUCAUGAAGUCAUGUCUCCUCGUGAUCUUACUGAAAAGUCUGUUAUGAACAACAAGGCUGACAACAUGGAAAUAGCCGAUGGAGAUGACACAAAGGACAAUCAUGUGGAAAAUGAGCAAGACAGAACAAGCAAAAUGGCCAAUGGAGGUGACACAAAGGACAAGCACGUGGAAAAUGAGCAAAAUAGAACAAGCAAAAUAGCUGAUGGAGAUGACACGAUGGACAAGCAUGUGGAAAAUGAGCAAAAUAGCAUGAGCGUAAUAGCUCGUGGAGAUGACACGAUGGACAGUCAUGUGGAAAAUGAACAAAGUAGAAUGAGCAAAAUAGCUGAUGGAGAUGACACAAUGGACAAGCAUGUGGAAAAUGAGCAAAAUAGCAUGAGCGUAAUAGCUCGUGGAGAUGACACGAUGGACAGUCAUGUGGAAAAUGAACAAAGUAGAAUGAGCAAAAUAGCUGAUGGAGAUGACACAAUGGACAAGCAUGUGGAAAAUGAGCAAAAUAGAAUGAGUAGAAUAGCCAAUGGAGAUGACACAAUGGGCAAGCAUGUGGAAGAUGAGCAAAAUAGAACACGGCGAAGCACACGUGAGCGAAAGAAGACAUGGAAACUAAGGGCCAGUGAUGAAUAGUGCAUAUAAUAGUGUGAUGAGAGAUAGAUAGUGUGAAAAAGAAUUGUGAAGGUCUCACCCUGAAUCCUUCCUCUUUUCUGUAACCCCAUUCCCUGUGUUCUUUCUUUAAUUCAUUCCCUGUGUUCUUUCUUUAAUUUUCUUACUCUCUUCUUUCUGUUGAGACAACGCUUUCUUUCUUACUCUCUUCUUGCGGUGUAAUAGAAGUUCUGGAUCAUAGUGUCUAGGGGGGCUUAUCAGGGUGAAGGCAUAUCUCUAAAUCCAAAUGCUUGCCUUCAAACUUAGAGAGCACUUAUAAAAAUAUUUGCAUCACCUUCUAACAAGGUCCUUACAUUAGUAGUGUGAUUUAAACUUACAAA